UCCGUUUACUUGUACGGAAUAUUUGGGCUAUUACCUUUAACUGAAAGCAAAACUUCUGAUAAGAAUGGUUUGUUGCCUAGUACUGUAACCGAUAAAGCUUCAAAUGUCCUACGGGAAAUUCUGAAUCAGGAAAGUCUGGUCCGUUUCUCUAUGGUACAAAAAAUACAAAGUCUAGUUAUGGAUGCCAUAGACAACAAACACGAUAGGCAAGGUAUUAAGACAAAACUUAGCGAGGUGACAAAGGAAUUAAAGGAUUUAGAGACAAAAAGCCGAAUAAUGAAGGAAGAAAAUGUCAAACUUCAGAAGGAGUUAAAGGUGAUGAAUGGGUCAGUAAAUGACAAUAAAAAUAUGACAUUGGAGAAAAUAAAAACCUUGAAUGAAUCGCAAAUUAUUACCGUUGAAAGCAACCGCAGAAAAAUAAAAAAUCUUGAAAAUGAUGUAAAAAAUAAAAGUUUGAACCUCAAAAACAAUGACCGUGCAAUAACUACAGAAAUUGAGGUUCUCAGAGAUGAAAUAAAUGAAAUGAACGCGACAUUACAAGGUAGUAUAGACAUUGCUAGAAGAGUGAAAAAGACAGAGGACAUGUUAAAAAGUAUUUUGGUUCCUUUCAAUGAAACACUAGAGAAUGUUCGUUUGGACGUGAAUGAAUUGAAAUGGAUAUCGUCAAAAGUGCUUUCAAAGAAUUGCUGGGACAUUUUACGAAAAUACCCGACUUUAUUGGGAAGAGAUGGAUUAUACACAGUAUUCGUUGCCUCUGAAGAAAAGCUUGUUUACUGUGAUAUGAGUACUGAUGGCGGAGGUUGGACGGCAAUACAAAGAAGAGAGGACGGCUCCACAUACUUUUACCGGAAUUGGAGAGAAUAUAAAAAAGGAUUUGGUGAUCCAUCUAAAAAUUACUGGAUUGGAAAUGACGCAGUCUUUGAGCUGACAAAGAACAAAGACCAGGAACUCCGGGUUCAGUUACAAAGUUUUGAUGGCGCUGAAGCGUACGCUCAGUACUACAUAUUUUAUGUCGGGGACGAAGUCAGUAAAUACAACCUCACUGUAUCGGGGUUUUCAGGAACAGGGGGUGACAGUUUGACUUAUCCUCACAAUGGUAUGAAGCACAAAAGAUCAAGAUAGUGAUAAGAGUGGUGGUAACUGUGCUGUAUCAUAUCACGGAGCCUGGUGGUACAACGCU